AUGUGGCUUGAGUUGAAGGAACAUUUUUCGCAGGGCAAUGGUCCUCUGAUUUUUGAGUUGCAAACCGCCAUCUCUGCUCUAUGCCAAAAUCAAAGUGACGCAAGAACUUAUUUCACAGAUCUAAAGUUUUACGUUAUGACGUUUCUUAUAGGACUAAAUGAUGUUUUUGACAAUGUGAGAGGUCAAAUAUUGAUGAUGGAUCCAUUGCCUUCUAUUAAUAAGGCUUUUUUCCUUAUUAUACAAGAAGAGAGGCAACGAGUUAUUAGUCACUGCAAUCUUGCUCCAGUUUCUGUUGAAUCAGUUGCUUUAGCAACAAAAUCUGAGAAUUCUUUUAAGAAUUUUAAAGGAAAUACACGUUCAAGAUUACUUUGUAGUCAUUAUGGCAUUACUGGACACAUUGUUGAUAAAUGCUACAAGUUGCACGGAUAUCCUCCUCACUAUAAGUUCAAGGACAGAAACAAAGAUGGAUCUACUUCUGUAAAUUCAGUUCAACAAACCUUCGUGGUUGAUGACAAUUCCUCCACUCAUAUGUCCCUCACUGCAAAGCAGUAUCAACAAUUGAUGGCUCUCCUCAAGCCACACUCAUCUUCUACUACUAUUCCUUCAGCCAAUAUGGCUUUGUUACUUAAUUUUUCAGGUAAUAUCACUUCAUUUUGUCUUGCUGCACAUUCUUUGACUCCAUAUUCUUGGAUAAUUGACAGUGGUGCCUCAGACCACAUGGACCUGGCCACUUGGAAGAUGAUUGGAACGAGUGAAUUGCAGGAUGGCCUGUACCGGUUGACUACUUCCAAUUCUUCUUCUGAUUUACACAAUGCUUCUUCUAUUACUUGUGUUUCUAUUCAAUCUAAUAAGUCAGGAAGUGCCUCAAUUACAAUAAUGGUGGCACAACAUCAUAUCAAAAUGGAUUUAGAAAAACAUGGUGUGGAGCUGGUAGAGGGAAAUCACCAGGCAUUUAUUACUAAUCUAGUACUUCAGCCGACUUUGCUGGAGAGAAUUAAGAUUGCACAGAUGCAAGAUGCAGAAUUGGUAAAGAUUAGAGAUAGAGUGCAGAGUGGAUAG